GCACAGCGUGGAUUGGAGCCACGCCCUCUGGCGUGCGUCGGAAGCCGGGCCUUGGAGACUGCGUGGGAGGCCAUCAUGAAGAAGCCACGAACCGCUGUGAGGAGUUGUCGCCAGAAUCAGGCGUCUGGCCAUGAGGGAAGGGAGAAGCAGGUCCUUAGCAGCAGCCAGGUCAAGCCUUCUACCCCUGAUGGAACUAUGCCUAAGUUUCCUGAGGCCCCAGCAGGCUUGGCCAGGCGGCAGAAGGAGGUGGUAUUACGGGCCUCUGUCUCCCCAUACCAUCUAUUCAGAGACACAGCCGAGGUCACAGUCUUUCGGGAGAACCUUCUGAGCUGGUACGACCGAGAGAAACGGGACCUGCCCUGGAGAAGGCGGGCAGAGGGUGAGGUGGACCCUGACAGGCGGGCGUAUGCUGUGUGGGUCUCAGAGGUCAUGCUGCAGCAGACCCAGGUUGCCACGGUGAUCGACUAUUAUACCCGAUGGAUGCAGAAGUGGCCAACGCUGCAGGACCUGGCCAGUGCAUCCCUGGAGGAGGUGAACCAGCUCUGGGCUGGCCUGGGCUACUACUCUCGAGGCCGGAGGCUGCAGGAGGGAGCCCAGAAGGUGGUAGAAGAGCUAGGGGGCCAUGUGCCACAUACAGCAGAGACUCUGCAGAAGCUUCUGCCUGGCGUGGGGCGGUACACAGCUGGAGCUAUUGCUUCCAUUGCCUUUGGUCAGGCAACUGGUGUGGUAGAUGGGAAUGUAGUACGGGUGCUGUGCCGUGUCCGAGCCAUUGGUGCUGAUUCCGGAAGCACCUUUGUCUCCCAGCAGCUCUGGAGCUUAGCCCAGCAGCUGGUAGACCCAGCCCGGCCAGGGGACUUUAACCAAGCAGCCAUGGAGCUGGGGGCCACAGUAUGCACCCCACAGCACCCACGCUGCAGCCAGUGCCCUGUGCAGAGCGUGUGCCGGGCACACCAGAGGGUGGAGCGGGAACAGCUCGUAGCCUCACAGAGCCUGCCAGGCAGUCCUGAUGUGGAGGAGUGUGCUCCCAGCGCUGGACAGUGCCAGCUGUGUGCGCCUCCCACAGAGCCCUGGGACCAGACCCUGGGAGUGGCCAACUUUCCCAGAAAGGCCAGCCGGAGGCCCCCCAGGGAGGAGUGCUCUGCCACCUGUGUUCUGGAGCAGCCCAGGGCCCUUGGGGGUGCUCGAAUUUUGCUGGUGCAGAGGCCUAAGUCAGGUCUGCUGGCAGGACUGUGGGAGUUCCCAUCUGUGACUGCAGAGCCCUCAGGGCAAUGUCAGCAUGAGGCCCUGCUUCGGGAACUACAGAGUUGGGUUGGGCCCCUCCCAGCCACCCACCUCCAGCACUUUGGGCAGGUGGUCCACACCUUCUCUCACAUCAAGCUGACAUAUCAAGUAUAUGGUUUGGCCCUGGAAGGGCAGAUCCCAGUGACCACCACACCACCUGGAGCUCGCUGGCUGACCCGGGAGGAGUUUCACACCGCAGCUGUCUCCACCGCCAUGAAAAAGGUGUUCCGUGUAUACGAGGGCCAACGGCCGGGGACCUGCAAGGGUUCCAAAAGAUCCCAGGUGUCUGCUCCAUCCACGCAGAGAAAGCCCAGCCCAGGCCAGCAAGUCCUGGAUAGUUUCUUUCGGCCCCACCACCCCACUGAUGUAUCCAGCCUCAACAGUAUGGCGCAGUGA